AUGAGAGUAAACAGCAACUUUCUCAGCGCCAUCACUGCUUGCCUUGUAGUAGCGCUCGCUCAUAUACCGUGUCUAGUCACUGCCCGCCAUCUUGACGCGAUAUACCAUCCAAAAUAUAUUCAUUCUCCUGUCAAAUGCCUACAAGGUCGAUACCUGAUAGAACUAGCAACCAAGACGGAUGUAGAUAACAUGCUGCAUUGGAUGGCUGGACAGAAGCUCGGUGUCAAAGUACACAAGACAUUCAGGCACAAGUUUUUCAGUGGAUUGUCGAUAGAGAUACAGGAUCACGACAGCAUUGGACCGUUGCUGGAUGAAGCUAGCGUUAUCUCCAUGUCUGCCAACCGAAUGAUUCAGAGAGCAUCACCUAUUCCACCUAUAACAAGGGCAGAGCCGGACUCAAAUUCGAUAUUUACCCCUGAAACGAUUAGAUCAUUGAUGCCUCACAACACAUCUCAAGUCCGCAGAGCUCGACAGGAGCUUCAUUUGACUGGGCAAGGUGUAUUUGUCGGUAUUAUUGAUUCUGGCAUCGACUAUACGCUCAAGGCUUUGGGUGGAGGUUUUGGGCCUGGUUUCAAAGUGAUUGCAGGCUAUGAUUUGGUGGGUGAUGAAUACAAUAGUACAGAUUCUUUGUCCAUGGUGAAAGCUGAUAAUGAUCCAUUGGACAGCUGUGGAAAGAACUCUGCUACUGAUGGAUACGACCCAGAAAACAACUUUGAAGGAGUUGCUCCAGGUGCUUCUCUUGGAAUGUGGAGAGUAUUCAGCUGUGAUGGCGAAAGCACCACAGAUGACGUUCUUUUGGAUGCACUGAUUAUGGCGUACAAAGCCGGUGUCCAUAUUAUUAGCAUGAGCAUUGGAAGCACGCUACCAUUUUCAGAUGAUUCUGUACCUUUAGUAAAGGUAGUCAACCGAAUUACAGCAGCGGGUGUGAGUGUUGUUGUGGCGGCAGGAAACGAGGGUAGUAAUGGUGUGUACAGUGUAUCUGCUCCAUCCACUGCACUGUCAGCUCUAGCCGUGGCUUCUGUGGUGAAUCAAGUCUACAACCCACCGUACAAACUGAAUAUGACUGGAAUAAACGAACCUAUUGAUGCUUAUCCUCCUGGCGAUGACACUAAAGCGUUCAUCAAUGGGUCUUUGGCUAUUGCCAACUCAAACAGUACGGCUUUGGCUGAGGAUGCUUGUGAUAAAAGGCUUGUAUCUGCGUCUGUGAAAGGCAAAAUUGCACUUGUCAAGCGAGGAACAUGUCCAUUCUCUACCAAAGUCAAGAAUGUUGAAUCAGCUGGCGCACUGGGUGUUAUUUUUUAUAAUGAUGUUGACCAAGAAUUAGACUCGGUCAACGCCGAAGGCUCAAUUCCAGUUGUAUCUAUCUCUUUGCAAAAUGGUCUCAAGCUGCUGAAUUUGUUCGCUGAUAUCACAAGAGACAUUGAGGUCAUUGCUAUCAAGAUUGAUGGCUACAUUGCGAAUCCCAAGGCCAACACCAUUUCAUCAUUCUCUAGCAUUGGACCAACAGCAGAAAUGUAUUUCAAGCCAAACAUUGCUGCUGUUGGCCAAACAGUCUUUUCCACUUUGCCAAAGUAUCUUGGAGGGUAUGGUAUUAGAGAUGGCACAUCAAUGGCAUGUCCUUAUAUUGCUGGCUCACUCGCUCUCUAUUUACAGUAUCAUGGAACAAACCAAACAGAUGCAGCCGCAAUGCGAACUAAAUUCAAAAACUAUGCGCUUCCUCUACAUGUUGGUAAUGCUGCUAGUGAUAUAAUUGAGAAUCCCAUUCGACAAGGAGCUGGGCUGGUGCAAGUAUAUGAUGCUAUCAUUCAACCAGUGCACAUAAGCCCGCCUGAAAUAGGCUUUAAUGAUACAAGCUCGCCUAAUUAUAUCACACACAACUUGACAAUCACAAAUGGCGCCACAUACCCAGUUUCCUAUUCAAUCAGCAGCAAAAUAACCACAGGAAUCAAGACCUACAAUCAAACAGGUUCAACGUACAACUCUCUCAAUCAACCAUCUGUUAACCAAGAUGCCACAUCGGCAAUACAGUUCCCAAAAAUUGAGAUACAUCUGAAUCCAGGAGAAAGUCAAAUAGUAACAGUUACAGUAGCUCCUCCCAGCACUGAUCCACAGAAUCACAUCAUGUAUGGAGGCUUUAUACAGUUCAGUCCCUUGAAUAAUACCAGCACACUUAGAGCACUUCACGUGCCCUAUAUAGGCGUUGCAGGUAAUCAACGAGACCUUCCUGUCUUUGCAGAGAACAUACAAUCAUACUACAGCAAUGAAACAGCCAUUAUUCAGACGGCAGACCAAGUAACAUACAAAUUCAACAGCUCCAGAAGCUAUUUCAAGACAGAUUACUUUGUUCUCGUUAAGUUUGGUUUGAUAAACCCAACAAAAUUGGUUAAAGCAGAACUCGUGAGGCAUCUUGACAAGCAUGUGUUAGGCCAUGUCAUGCUUCCUGCAACAAAUGUACCUGCAACUCCAAAAGACAACGACAUGUACAUUGGAUGGAAUGGCUAUUAUUUUAAUGAUACUGCUGCAAGUUUGGAACCUGAUAAAGUAGAUGGAAGAUAUGCUAUACCAACCACUAAUGGCAACUACUUGAUUCAAUUGAGUGCACUCAAGUUACUUGGUGAUCCACAGAAUGAAGCCGACUGGGAGUCAUGGAAAUCAGGGAUUAUAAAUAUAGACAGAAUGAAUUGA